GCCUUGCUAACGUGGCUGUACGAUCAAAACCAAACAAAGCCUACUCGACGACGACGACGAAAUCACACACACACCCAAAAGAUCCGCACCGGUGUUUGUCAGAGACAAUAGAUCUGUUCUUUUAUUAUCCAACCAAAACCCGUCUCGAUUUCUGCCGGAAAUGUCGGAGGGAAAAGAUCCUGCGAUUAAGUUGUUCGGCAAGACGAUUCAGUUGCCGGAUGUCUUGCCUGUUGAUGGAGUUUUUAGUCAAGAUGUUGAUGGCGGCGCAGCUGGUUGCGUCAAGAGUGAAGAUCGGUCGUCUUCCUCUACUUCUUCGUCGGAGGCUGAUUCAAAGGGAGUAGGGAAAGAUCGCGAACCGGAUGAUGAUGAUGAUGAUGAUGAUGAUAAUAAGGAUCCAGCUGAGGAGAAGUCCGUUGAUAAAGAGGAGGAUAAAGCCCAUUCUACAAUUUCGGAGGAGGUUACAGAGCCGAAUGCAACUUCAAUGUUGAACGAAAAUUCAAAAACACCUUCAGCUGAAAAUGAAUCUGCUGGUGCUGCAAAAGCAUCAAAAUUGGAGGAAGAACAAAGUGAGAUGAGUAACAACCAGGAAAAGACCCUCAAGAAACCCGACAAGAUACUUCCUUGUCCGCGAUGUAAUAGCAUGGAUACCAAGUUUUGUUAUUACAACAAUUACAAUGUUAAUCAACCUCGUCACUUUUGCAAGAACUGUCAAAGAUACUGGACGGCUGGUGGGACAAUGAGGAAUGUUCCUGUGGGUGCUGGUCGCCGUAAGAAUAAGACUUCAGCCUCUCAAUACCGUCAAAUAACUGUCACAGAAGCUCUUCCCACUGAGCUGAAUCACACCGUUCUUAAGCCCAAUGGCACUGUUCUUACAUUUGGGUCCGACACACCUCUGUGCGAGUCAAUGGCUUCUGUCCUGAAAAUUGCAGACAAAACAUUGAGGCAAGACAGUUUUCGUAAGGCUGAAGAGUUAAUAGUCCCAGUUAACGAUGACAAUGGAAGUAGAUCAUCAACGGCUGAGAUGCAAAAUUGCCAUGGCUUUUCCCCUCAGGUACCCUGUUUUCCUGGCGCACCAUGGCCAUACCCAUGGAAUCCUCAAAUGGGUCCUGCUUUCUGCCCACCUGGUUUUCCGAUGCCUUUCUACCCUGCAGCACCUUAUUGGGGCUGUGCUGUACCUGUACCUGGCCCUGGUUCAUGGAAUAUGCAGUGGGUUCCCCCUCCAUCUGGCUACCACCCUGCCCCUCCAUCUACCUAUGCUGCCCCUCCUCCUUCUGGUCCUAUAUCCCCAACUUUGGGGAAACAUUCAAGGGAUGAGAAGAUGGUAAGAUCGGGGGAUGAAGCAAGUAAAGAAAAUGAAGGGGAGAAGAGUCUUUGGAUUCCAAAAACAUUGCGGAUUGAUGAUCCUGAUGAAGCUGCAAAAAGUUCCAUAUGGGCAACGUUGGGAAUAAAGAACGAGAGAUGUGUUGGUGUGAAUGGAGGAGGAAUGUUCAAGGCAUUCCAAUCUAAAGGAGGUGAAGUAAAGAAGCCAUUGAAAGAAGCAUCUCCGGCACUUCAGGCGAAUCCUGCAGCAUUAUCAAGGUCUCUUAAUUUCCAAGAAAACUCAUGAGUGAGUAUUGUGGCAAUUGCAAAGGUGACAAAAGUGUUGCAUGGAGAUGGGCUUCAGUGAGAUGCAAAUGAGGAAAUGGUGGAAGAUCCUUUGUAGUAGGUUGGAGCAGUUGAUUUUGAAUUUAAAGGUAAUUUUGAGUCUGAAUGUACAUAUGUUAUCUUCUGUGAAAUACUAGUGAAGAAGGUAGAACAGAGUGAGUGUGCAGUGAAAUAAGUUUAGAUACCAAAAUUCACAAAACUUUAAUUAAUCUUUGAAUCUUCAUCAUCUUAUUUUGG